AUGAUGGAGCAAGGCCAUGGAAAGUGCCUCGCUGGGGUGCAUGCCCAGAUGAUGUGGUGUCGUUGGAACGGGAGGUGGAAGCGUGCUGUCAGCUUGCUGGAAGACAUGAAACCUCGGGAGCUCUCGCCCUCCGGCGUGACCUAUGCCCUAAUCAUCGCGGCUUGCCGGCAGUCGAAGGAAUGGAGGUGGCCCCUACGGCUGCUUGCUGCACUGACAGCAGAGCGCUUCCCUCUGGACACCCGCAUCUGCGGUGCGGCAGCAGGCGCUUGCCACCAGGUGGGCCACUGGCGUUGGGCCGCAUGGGUGCUGGAGCAGCUUUGGCAAAGCAGGGGCAAAGGCCCCAGCACCGAAGACAUCUCCCUGAAUUUGGCUCUUGCCACUUGCAAGGAGGGCCGGAAGUGGCAGCAAGCUCUUCAGAUGCUAGCAGAGGCCGGCGGGUUGGUUUGGGACGAUGUGGCAGCGAGCUCCUUGAUUAAAGCCCUUGGCCCACGCUGGGCCAUCAGCCUUGCUAUCAUCGACCUGGCCCCUGGCAUCUCAGCCCGGGCUGCGGCCAUUGCCUCCUGCACGCAGGCGCGGCAAUGGAAGCAGUCCUUGGCACUGGUCACCGGGCAGAUCGAUGCAGUUGCGCUCAGUUCCGCCGUCAGCAGUUGUGCGCAGAGCACAGAGUGGCAGAGGGCCCUUGCUUUGGGGAGCAGUUAUGCUUCUUGUAAUGCUGCUAACGAUUGGUACCAAGAUGGCAUUUUAUGGAGCUCUCUGCUCAGCGCGUGUGAACAUGGGAGUGCCUGGGACCUGGCCUUGGAGAUCUUCGGGCAGAUGCAGCGUGCUACGGGCAUGCACCCGAACGCAGCCGUCUUCGGGACCCUCCUGCGAUCUUGCAGCUCUUCCUACCGUUGGGAGGAGGCAUUGCAGCAGGCAUUUUCAAUGAAGGAUCAUCAUCUGAUGCCGACGGCCGUUUGCACAUCCGGCAUCCUUGCGACUUUGGUGGCAGCCGGCCAUGCUGACAGCAUGCCACGACUCAGCCCUGCCAUACGUCGUCUCCUGUCCCUGGCUCUGGUGACGGAAACAUGGCAGCCGCCAGUGCCCCAUGUGCUUGGCACAAGCAACCUGGAAUGCGUUGUACUGACGGAGCUUUUGGAGGGUUGGCAAUGGUGGAGCAAGCCACGCAGCUACGUGAUGGCACGCUGCUUUCUGACCACACUGCAAGCCGGUCUCCGAGCUCCGGAGCUUCCCGCCGGCCGACGUGUGCUAGGUCAGGCAAGUCCCGAUAAAGUUUGCAGCAGUUUGGGGCAUGGAGCCGAGGAGCAAGAUGUCUUGGCAGCUCCAGGCGGUGAUAAAUCGAUGCCGGUGCCACCUGCACCAUGGGUGCAGCUUUGGUACGGCUUCAGUGUGAAGCAGUUCCUGCAUGGCACGGGCAGACAGAAUGCCUUGUCCAUGCUGUGCGGCCGGGAGGUGGGCCUUAGGGCCUUUGCAGACCUAGAAGUCCUUCCAGCCCUCAAGAUGGCUCUACAGGUGUAUAGGACGCGACACGCGAGGUACCCCAGCACAGAAGGUGUGACGCCAUUCCUGCAGUGCGCCCGGGCGGGCAAUUGCACCUUCAUGAUGUCGCCGUCCCAGUUUGGAGAUGUGGCCGCGCGGCUGCUGCUGAAGGGCACACGGGGCGCUGUGUUGCUCGACAUGGACAGGGAGGGCUUAGUCAACGAUGCUGUUGUAGUUGAUCGGGUCGGGCUGCCGGCGGCCAUUGCCAAUGUCUCUGUGAAUUCCAUCUUCCGGGUGAAGGCCGACGCGCGAGUCGAGGCCAUAGACUGCUCUGGCCGCAUGGCCGCGGCUUUGGCCAACGAGGCUGGUCAUGACGAGAUCUUCGCCAUGAUCGCCGAGGAAAUGAGCGACCAAGCACUGGAAGCGGUCUUCGCUGAUGCGGCCCCUGAGUCUCAUUGCAGCGAGACGGGUGGGCUGGAGGCGCCGGAACCUAGGGAAACUGCGCCACCAGCCGAGGAGGACUGGGAUGUGCCGCUGGAUGACCCCGGCAUGAUGGAUAUCCCAGAUGAGGAGCAUCUCCAAGCCCGCCUUCACCCUUCCGGACGGUACGAUGUAAAUCGACACCUCAACGCGAACGAG